CAAAAUAUUUAUUCCAAGUUAAUGUGUUGUAGUGGACAGCAAGUGAAAAAACAAGCUAUGAAAUCUCUACCAUUGCAUACAAACAGGGUUCAAAUCUUUAUGAAGCUAAACACAUGAAGCAUGUGAAUAUAUCUACUACAAACAGGGUGUUUUUGUACUUAUAAAAAACUCAAACACUUCAGAAUUGAAAAGUAAUUCUAGUCUGAAACUAGAGUGUCCUCUCACUACAGCUAAGAAUUUCAAGUGUGUUUGGUGACUGCGGGUAACUCAGUCCCUUUUUCACCCUCUUGCCUCUGUGUUUAACAUAAAUUCUUCAGUUGAACUAUACAACCUCAAUGCCACACAAAAUUAAUCCCAGAACUCAUGACUUCGCACAUUCCUAUGGUCCACAUAUUGUUUCUGUUUCAUCUCUUCUUUUGCUAGAUAUUGAUAUUAGUCUUCAUGGGAAAAUUCUUGGAAUCACUUUAUUCUUUGUGAACAAUUUGUUGUUUGAUUUGCAGAGUUGUAUAAAAAUUUGUAGUUAAGAACUUGAUGGAUUGUUACAGUCACUGCAGAAUAUUUCGGAGCAAGUCACACUUAAAGACUAUUAUUUCAGAAUGAUGUUUUUAGUGCCUGUGCUGACCACUUUGAGGUAUACUUAGAGAGCAUUCAGGAGAGUUAAUUCUGAAAAUAAGGCAUUAAUAGUAUGUCAUGUUUGGUACUCUAGAGGUUAGUUUAGGUGACUAGUAUGAUGGUAAAUAGUGACACCUAUAAUAGUUUCAGUUCUCUGUUUUUUUCUACAGAGCAGAAAAGAGAUUCUGAUUUGGCAGGUUGUAAUGUACUAAGUGGGAAGAUACGCUCACGUUUGGUCAUAUUUUUCUACAGCCAUUCAUGAAUUUCCUGAGGAUAUAUUCACAAAUAAAGAACGGCAGCAAGGAGGGGUUCUCCUUCACAUCAUUGCUGCUCUGUAUAUGUUCUAUGCUUUGGCUAUAGUAUGUGAUGACUUCUUUGUUCCAUCCUUAGAGAAAAUUUGUGAGAGACUACAUUUGAGUGAAGAUGUUGCUGGAGCCACAUUCAUGGCUGCAGGGAGCUCCACGCCAGAGCUGUUUGCAUCUGUUAUAGGUGUAUUUAUCACUCAUGGAGAUGUUGGAGUAGGGACCAUUGUCGGUUCAGCUGUUUUCAACAUCCUCUGCAUUGUAGGUGUAUGUGGAUUGUUUGCAGGACAGGUGGUUUGUCUUACCCAGUGGGCUGUGUUCCGAGACUCUGUGUACUACACCUUAUCUGUUAUCAUACUUAUUGUUUUCAUAUAUGAUGAGAAAAUAGAAUGGUGGGAAAGCCUUAUACUCAUCAUUAUGUAUUCAUUCUACAUACUUAUCAUGAAGUACAAUGUGAGGAUGCAAAAUUUCUUCACUCUCAAAAGCAAGAAUGUUGGAAAUGGUGAUACAGUCGACAAUGAGAUGGAAGAUGGUAAUAAAUGUUAUGCCUCUAGUUGUGAUGACCCGUCCAUUCCAUUACUGUGGAAAGUGAAGGGUGUGCAGCAGUAUGGCAAAAACAGUGUUGUGAUGGUGGAUGAGAUCAUCUGCUCCAGUCCCCCCAAAUACCGGUUCCCUGAAGCUGGAUUACGGAUUAUGAUCACAAAUAAGUUUGGACCACGCACCAGAAUGCGGAUGGCAAGCCGAAUUAUAAUUAAUGAGCGCCAGCGGUUAAUCCAAUCUGCAAAUGGCUCAAGCAAACCACUUCAGAAUGGGAGACAUCAGAAUAUUGAAAAUGGGAACAUUCCUGUGGUGAACCAAGAGGAGGAAAACGAACAGGAUAAUCUGUCUCCGUUUUCAUUGCCAGAAGGAAAAAUGAAUAAAAUUAAAUGGAUCUUGACAUGGCCAUUGAUAUUCGUGCUCUUUUGCACCAUUCCAAACUGCAACAAACCCCGCUGGGAGAGCUGGUUUAUGUUCACAUUCAUCUUAUCCACUCUCUGGAUUGCCUUGUUCUCCUACUUUAUGGUGUGGAUGGUGACUGUGAUUGGAUACACCCUUGGGAUACCAGAUGUGAUCAUGGGCAUUACUUUCCUAGCUGCAGGAACAAGCGUCCCAGAUUGCAUGGCCAGCUUAAUAGUUGCGAGACAAGGCCUUGGUGAUAUGGCAGUAUCCAACACAAUAGGAAGUAAUGUAUUUGACAUUCUGGUGGGCCUUGGUGUUCCAUGGGGUUUGCAGACCAUGGCGAUUGAUUAUGGAUCAACUGUUAAGAUAAACAGUAAAGGACUGGUCUAUUCAGUUGCACUUUUACUAGGAUCAGUGGCACUGACUGUGUUUGGGAUCCAUGUAAAUAAAUGGAAACUUGACAAGAAAUUGGGCAUCUACGUGUUGUUUCUUUAUGCUGUUUUCCUGUGUUUCUCUAUAUUGAUAGAGUUUAAUGUCUUCACCUUUGUCAACCUCCCUAUGUGCCGAGAAGGACUUUAAGCAACUGUUAAGGAGAGAGACUGCGCUUCUUCUGAUUACCUGUGCUGUAAAUGACAGGAGACAUUUCAUAUUUCUACCUUCCUUCCAUCAGUAAUUUAAGUGUCAUUCCUGCUUCAUCAGCUACCAAGCACUUUUACCUAUGUGGGAGGAAAGCAUACCUUUCUUGUAACAUGCUAGCUCAAGGCAACCAAAGCAUUUAACUCCUCUUUGGAUAUUGCUGCUCAGUCAUGAAGCUGUGUGGACUUUAUGCAGUACUCUCAAAUGUCCCAUUUAUGGGACUUUCUGUUGUUGUUUUCAUUCUCCUUUUGCAGACAAUCAAACACUACCAACAAGGUUAACAAGAAGACUGGAGAAAAAUCUUUAUAGUUCUUUUGCUUUUGACACUUACUUUCCAUGGAAGGAAAGGAGGCGAGUUCAGAACUUUUCUCGGCUUUGUCAAAUUAUCUCAACUACGGGACCAGAAAGUCCAAGGUACAUAUCAGGCAUGAACUGUUGAGGACAUCAUUUCCCCCUUCAAGUGCUCUGCUUAUAGAGAAACUGCAAACAACAGUUUUUGAUGGCAGUGUCGAAUAUUUAUCAUUCUUUUCAAAGAAAAUGAACAGUGUGGCAGAGAAAGAAGAGGAAAUGGUUGUAUGUUGUAUCACUUCUGAUGAUGCACACUAUAAGUUUGACUAUCUGCAUAGUGAAGAAAAGAAUUACAUGCAGAACUUCAUACUUGAAAAAUCUGUUUUAUCAUUAAUGAGUAAUGCUGUAUAUGUAAAUAUAAACAAAAAUUGGUGGAAUAUUACACCAUGACAGAUA